CUGCGGAUUACACGAUUUGCCAUUAUGCCCACAGACCAGCCGCUUGGCACCGUGCACUGGACGGACCUCAAGCGCGGCGACGAGUGGGUCGACGACGACGCGCGCCCGUCGUGCUACACCUGCGACCGCAAGUUCACGCCGUUCCGCCGCCGCCACCACUGCCGCAUGUGCGGCGAAGUGGUCUGCGCCGCGUGCACGGGCUUUGUCAACAUGGUGCCGGCGGGCGGCCCACCGCGCUCGAUUCGCAUCUGCACGGGCUGCAUUCUCAAGAACCGGGCGCGGUAUGCGACCGACCGCCCCGAGCACCACCGCAGCGCGGCGACGUCCGUGCCGCGUCCAUUGGCCGCCAUGGCCAUCUCAGCACCGGGCAAGCGGUCGCAACGCCAUCGCGGACCCAAGGCUUCACAAGCGACGAUGCUCAUGCAGUCGGACCGACCGCGCGUCUCGGAUGCGUCGAGCGACCUCGGCACGUCAGGCGACGUGGCCUGGGACGACGGCGACGGGAUGCUGCACAUUAGCGCAUCUAGCAUCAGUAUCAGCAGCGCGAUUGCCUCACUGCCGCCGCCGCCGGUACCGACGAACGAAGCGGCGCGCCUGGCCGCCUUGCACAAGUUUCAGAUUCUCGACACGCCGCCCGAGCGGGCGUACCAAGCGAUUUCGGAUCUCCUCGCCAAAGGCUACAACUGCCCGUACGCUGGCGUGAGCUUUGUCGACGCCGACCGCAUCUGGUACAAGGCGGUGACAGGCAUUCACGUCGACGCGCUGCCGCGCGCCGUCUCGUUCUGCAGCCACGCCAUCAUGAGCCUCCAGCCGACCGUGAUUCUCGACGCGACCACCGACGUUCGAGUGCAAAACAACCCACUCGUGACCAGCGAGACGCACAUUCAGUUUUACGCUGCCGCGCCGAUCGUCGCUGAUGGACAACAUGUCAUCGGCACCGUCUUUGUCUUUGACACCAAGCCGCACAAGGCCAUGAUCGCCGAAGCGUACCUCACGAGCAUGGCGACGAUGGUGCGCAAGCAGCUCGAAGCGCGCAUUAACCAAGCGCCGCGCGUGAUCGUCUCGGCGCCGCCACCGACAGCUCUUGUCGCCCCACCGGCACCGACGGCUCUUGUCGCCCCACCGGCGUGGCGGGGCCAAGACGCGACGCCGCAUGAAAUGCACUCGAUGCUGGCAACGCUGCUGGACCGCACCAAAGACGUCCAAGCACAGCUUGCUUCGCAGCGAGCGACCCAGCCCUAGUAGGUUUGUUUUUCUAUAUAUAUUCGAUAGAGUAAGAAUGCGAGUCCUCACGUUGCCAUGUGUAUCGACGGUACUUGAACCAGCA